AUGCAAAAUUUAUUCAAAACAUCACGCAAGCACUAUUAUUAUUCUAUUUUGCAAUAUCGUAAAUAUGCGAAAGAAGUGCGUUUUGGACCUGAUGUAAGAUCUCUUAUGUUAAAGGGAGUUGACAUACUUGCUGAUGCUGUAGCAGUCACAAUGGGACCAAAAGGUCGUAAUGUGAUUUUAGAACAGGGAUUUGGUCCACCAAAAAUAACAAAAGAUGGGGUAACUGUUGCAAAAGGUAUUGAAUUGAAAGACAAGUUUAAAAAUAUAGGUGCAAAACUUGUUCAAAAUGUUGCCAAUAAGACCAACGAAGAAGCCGGUGAUGGUACUACAGCUGCUACUAUUUUGGCUAGAGCAAUUGCUCGAGAAGGUUUUGAGAGCAUUUCAAAAGGUGCUAACCCUAUUGAAAUAAGAAAAGGUGUAAUGCUAGCAGUGGAAACUGUGACAGAACAUCUGAAAAAAAUUUCUAAACCUGUUCAAACAUCCGAAGAGAUAGAACAAGUAGCUACUAUUUCUGCGAAUGGAGAUAGGAGUAUUGGAAAACUAAUAGCACAUGCUAUGGAUAAAGUGGGAAAAGAUGGAGUUGUAACAGUUAAAGAUGGUAAAACACUAGAAGAUGAAUUAGAAAUAAUAGAAGGAAUGAAAAUUGAAAAAGGUUACGUUUCUCCAUUCUUCAUUAACUCAACUAAAGGACCGAAAGUGGAAUAUAGUGAUGCUUUGAUUCUGUACUCUGAUAAAAAGAUAUUUUCUGCUAAUCAAGUUGUGCCUGCGUUGGAGAUAGCUAAUAGCCAAAAAAGGCCACUUGUUAUAAUAGCUGAGGACUAUGAGGGUGAACCAUUAUCAGUUUUAAUAGUUAAUAAAUUGAAGAUUGGCUUACAAAUCGCUGCUGUAAAAGCACCUGGUUUCGGUGAAUAUAGAAAAAAUACUUUAAUUGAUUUAGCUAUUGCUACAGGAGGCGUUGUAUUUGAAGAUAAUGAAAACUUAAUUCGAUUGGAAGAUUGUCAGCUUGAAAGUCUUGGAAAAGUUGGUGAGGUUAUCAUUACAAAAGAUUCAACCAUCUUAUUGAAAGGACAGGGAGAUAAAGAAGAAAUUGAACGAAGAAUUGAACAAAUACGUAUCGAGUAUGAUGAAACUCCUAGUGAAUUCGAUAAACAAAGGCUUUUAAAUCGAAUUUCUAGGCUAAAAUGUGGUGUAGCUAUACUGCACAUUGGAGGUUGUAGUGAAGUAGAAGUAAACGAAAAGAAAGAUCGAGUAAAUGACGCUCUUAAUGCUACGAGAGCUGCAAUCGCGGAAGGAAUAGUACCUGGAGGGGGAGCUGCUUUGGUGCGAUGUAUACCUGUACUAGAAAAGUUAAAACCAAUAAAUUCUGAUCAAGCAAUCGGUAUUAAUAUUAUAAAAAACGCUUUGCGUACACCGUGUUUAACAAUAGCCAACAACGCUGGCUAUGAUGGUUCUGUUAUCGUAUCAAAAGUUGCAAAAAUGGGCUUACAUUUUGGAUAUGAUGCCUUAAAUAAUGAAUAUGUUGAUAUGAUAGAAAGAGGAAUUAUAGAUCCAACUAAAGUUGUUAGAAGAGCCCUAACUGAUGCUAGCGGAGUUGCCUCAUUACUAACUACUGCUGAAGCAGUUAUAUGUGAUUUUGUUUCGGAAAAUGAGCCUGUCUCAUCACUAAGCCGCGAAAUUCCAGGUGUAACAAUUUAU